GGAAUCGCGCUAUAACAUUUCAAACAGAUGUGUGUCGGCAGUGCGCGGCGUACCGUUUGAAAGUCGACGAAAUGUUGAACGUGGUUUAUUUUACGCUGGGUCGACGUGGAGGGAGUGUGUUAUGUAAAGAAACGGGCGAUUUAUCUCCGAAAAAAUUGUGCAAGGUCAUAACCUGCCAAUUUUCCACAAAAUCCCGCCGCUCUAAAAUCUACCAAGACGUCAACGAAACCAUCAAGGACAUCCAAGAUGGUUCCAAACUCCUGGUUGGGGGUUUCGGCCUCUGCGGCAUCCCCGAGAACCUCAUCACCGCCCUUAUCCAACACCCCGCCAAAAACUUGACAGUGGUCUCCAACAACGCUGGAGUGGACGAUUUCGGGUUAGGCCUCCUCCUCCAAAAACGGAAAAUCAAAAGAAUGAUAUCGUCCUACGUGGGGGAAAACGCGGAGUUCGAACGUCAGUACUUAUCCGGUGAACUCGAAUUGGAGUUAACCCCUCAAGGGACUCUGGCGGAACGCAUAAGAGCUGGAGGUGCCGGGGUCCCUGCCUUUUUCACUCCCACGGCCUUCGGUACUUUGGUGCAUGAAGGAGGAGCCCCGAUUGCGUACGGAGGGGAUGGGAAAGUGAAAAUACCGAGUCCAGCAAGGGAGGCCAGGAAGUUCAACGGGAUUGACUACAUCAUGGAGGAGGCAAUAACGGGGGAUUUUGCUUUGGUGAAGGCUUGGAAGGCCGAUCCUUACGGAAACUUGAUUUUUAAUAAGUCUGCGCGGAAUUUUAACCCCGCGAUGGCCAAAGCGGCAAAAAUUACCAUCGCGGAAGUCGAGGAGAUUGUGGAAGUUGGGGAUAUAAAGCCCGACGAGGUGCACCUUCCAGGGAUUUUCGUAGACAGGAUUGUGAAGGGGGAAAAGUACUUAAAGAGGAUAGAACGACUUUGCGUUAGCAAGGAAGAGGGUGAUAAGGAACCAGUGAAGAAAUCAGCGGCUGCUCUAGUUAGAGAAAAAAUAAUCAGAAGGGCCGCCUUAGAAUUUAAAGAUGGGAUGUAUGCGAACCUUGGUAUUGGUAUGCCUAUGUUGGCCUCCAAUUACAUACCAAACGAUAUGGAGGUGCUCCUGCAAUCCGAAAACGGUAUUCUGGGACUGGGGCCAUUCCCCACACCUAAAAACGUAGACCCUGAUCUUAUCAACGCUGGUAAAGAAACGGUGACGGUGGUACCCGGAGCUUCCUACUUUGGUAGUGAUGAUAGUUUUGCAAUGAUCAGAGGGGGCCACAUCGAUCUAACUAUGUUGGGCGCCAUGGAGGUCUCCCAGUUUGGUGACUUAGCAAACUGGAUGAUCCCGAAAAAACUUGUCAAAGGCAUGGGCGGCGCCAUGGAUUUGGUAGCAGCCCCAGGAACCAAAGUCGUCGUCUGCAUGGAACACACAGCCAAAAACGGCAGCCCCAAAAUCCUUGAAAAGUGCAACCUCCCCCUCACCGGUAAACAAUGCGUCGACAUGAUCAUCACCGAAAAAGGCGUCUUCAACAUAGACCGCUCCCAAGGUCUCACUCUUGUGGAAAUCGCAGAAGGCCAAACUGUGGAAGACGUGCAAAAAUCCACCGCUGCGAAAUUCCAAGUGUGCCCAAACUUGAAAACAAUGCCUCAAAUUUAAAUACAUUUUAUUAAAUAUUUGUA